UCCACCUAGAAUAUCGAAAGCACCACCACCAGCACCAUUCUUCUCGAAAGGCUCCCUCGUAAACGACUGGCCGUCGGGAGCGCUAGGGCCUACCCAAACCCGUGUAUCUCAAUCGGAGCUCUCCUUCGUGUUUUACUAUGCACCUUGGUGUGCCGAAAGCCAACAUGCGCGGUCGGUGUACGAGCACGUGGCUAGGCUUUACUUCCGGGAGGCUCACUUCGCGGCCAUCAACUGUUGGCAGCCAGGUGGCGAGUGCCGAUUGCAGUACUCGAAGGUGCAAUCCUGGCCGGUGCUGAUGGCAUAUCAACCGAACGGGAUGGCAGUACAGUUUCAUCAGGUGUGGACCAAUGCAGCCCUUUCUCGGUUUGUGCAAUCGUUGAUCAAUCCCAUCCAGAGGAUGGUAGGACCCGGGGACCUGAUGAGUUUCAUGACGGGGAAGGAUGCGGUAGUUGUCGCAUUUCUUGACGUGAACAGCAAUCGAAAGCAAUAUAAUCGGUUUUACCAAACAUCGCUCAAGUGGCUAGAGAAAGAUCCCUUCCAAGAGGUGGCUUUCGGCGUUGUUACGGGCGAGUCUUCCAGUACUUUUGGGGUUGAAGAAGUACCUGCUAUUCGACUUUAUUUAUGGAACGAGACGAUAGAAUUUCACGGCAACGAUUCGUGGACUCUCCCGGAGCUGACCACCUGGAUCAACAAGCAAAUUCAGGUGGUCUCGAUGUGGAUCGCCCCUCCUGGGGCCACCAAAUCUGCUUCCCUUGCGCCUUACUUCAAUCAAGGUCCAGUGCUGUUCUUUUUCACGCCCCGUUCGCUAUACGGGCUGUCCUCAGAUGCUUAUAUGAUGCUACGCCAACUCGGCAUGCAGUACUAUAACUGCAAAAGUGACAUCUGGGUGCAGGAGAUGGCGAAAAAAUAUAUAGCCGAGCAGAGACGUGUUAGCGCGGAAAUAUAUAGUCAGUUGAGACAGGAGUGUGAACUUCUGUUAAAGCGCCAUCCGGCGCAGGAACAAGAGGAAUCGGAAGAGGAUGGAUGCAGUAGAGCUCCCAGUAAAUCAGCAAUCGCCGUAUCGUUUGUGAAUGUGUUGAACUCGUCGAAGUUUGGAGAUGCGCCGAAAGACGGGAUGGGUUAUUGCGAUAUAGAUCAGGCCAAAUGUGAUGAAAGAUUUUAUGAGUGUGGAAAUAUUGAAGCCAGUUGCGUUAAGCGAAGACGAAGCCAAUUGUACGGAUCAUUGAAACACGAUGUUCGUGAAGGGAAGCCGGUGACUUCCAUGCUUGAUGCCGAUCAGGACUAUCGAGGGCCUAAGUUACUGAAAAGACUAAGUAUGAGAAGACAGUGUGAGUUCCUACGAUUGAGCGAAUUCGAUGGAGGUGAAGUGUUUUUUCCUGAGACAGGUGGCCCUGGGAGCGGUUAUGUAGAUAUGAUAAAAGGUAUGUCCUGUACGUUUAACAAAACAUUGACGUUCCUGAGCAUGGACAGUGAGUUGUACCACGCUUUUGCUGAGCGAUUAGGAGUCGACGUCCUGCAUAUGCCUAAUAAGUCAAUUGCUGUUAUUGUAGACCCUGAGGAUGAAUCCACGUAUCUUUUGAAGAAUGAAGUCAAUCUUCCAAAUUUGGCAAAGCUGGUGCAUGACUUCUACAAUCGAACAUAUCCACGGUUUUUCCGAUCAAAUAAUGUUUCUUACAAGAAUACCCAUUCUUUCAACAUGAGUGAGUUUCGGAAGGAACAUCGUCGGAUGAUCGAGGUUAAACGAUCGGAAAUGGCUGCUAAACUACAGCAACACCAAAAGCAAGAAGGUCGAGAUAAAGACACUACUGGGAAUGAGAGCAAGCUCAAUCAGAGGACACCGACGGAUGCCGUGAUGUCCGAGCAGCAUUUGGUGGUGCAUCACAAGCACCACUUUGUGAGAGAAAUCAAUUCACACAAUUUUAACCACGUGGUGAUUAACUCCAACAAGACUGUCGUCGUUCACUUCUACUCUGCUCAAUGUGCCUUCUGCAGUGUGCUCUCACAGCAUCUGCUUAUCAUCUCGAGAAUGCUCCGACAUCAGCCGUUACUCGAGUUUGUUCGCAUCGACGGCGACAAGAAUGAUCUCCCAUGGGAAUUCACUAUGGAUGUAUUUCCAUCUUUGAUCAUAUUUCCUAAUCAAAGGAAAUCUGAAAGCCGCGUUUUCUCCCGCAAUCUCUCUAUGACGGUCCCCAACGUGCUUGGGUUCAUCCUUUCCAAUUUGAACCCACCUGAGAGGCUCCACGCUACUGCGCUAAUCUGCAACAAUCUCAAGCCAAAAUCGCCGCCACGGGACGACUGCCUUGGGGUGAUGAAGCGCGAGCUAAGCGACAGUAUUUCGCUCAACCUGCGUCUCUACCGAUUGGCCACGAAGCGCCCCACAAGAGCAGCCCGGAUCCUGCACCGGUUGCAGGCCUUACAGGAACUCUACCUGGCCACGCUGCGCUGUCUCAGCAAUUCCUGUGAUUUUACCCAGCUGAAGAGCAGUGCUCAAGCCAUCCUUACUAUGUGGCAGAUAGCCACGUGAAAACGUGAUUCUAGUGUGCAUUUAGUACGCAUUUCUUUUUCUCACCCAUUCACUCAAAUUACCUGCUUACUAGGAAGAUAUUAUCCUUUUCUUUUUGACUUUCCUGUCUGCCCGAGGCGUAAGAAGCCGUUUUACAACCAACUCAUGUGCUUAUUCAUUGUUUUAUGUUUUGUUACUUAUAUUUUUGGAUAUUUUUCACUUUUUAAGAGUUAUUCGGCAAACCGUUAGUUUAACUCAUUUGAAAUUUUCAGUGCAAUUAAAAAGCAUUGCUAAAACUACGUGUUUAAGCCAAAUCAAACAAACCAGCACGUAACCAAACUGUCAACGGUAUCGAGAUCUCGUUGUAGAUAUUUUUAACUCGACAGUAAAGUUAUUAUUGCUAACAAAACAAAAAAAAGUUCUAUAUUCUAGAAAACUAUUACUGUAACAGAAGUGAAAGUUUGAAAACUAUUAGGUAAAAUAUGAAAUGAUAAUUAAAUACAGUUUAGGAAAAACAAAGAGUGAAAAGCAAGAAAACGGUAUGCUAUAGACAUUUUUUAAACAAACACUACUAGCGUUGUAAAUAUUAUUCGUAUAGCAUCAAAUUGGGAAGAACGGUGUCGAAACGAUACCGAGAAAAUGGAAAAGUAAGAAUAGGAUACAGUGUAGAGAAUUACGGUUAUUUAAAUAUAACAAAAUUAUUGAAGUUUUGUAAUUCACAAACUAAAUGCAAUCGAUGAUAUAUCACCUUAAUAUAUUUUGUUUAUAACCAUAAA